AUGGCGUUAACAGGAGCCCCUCUUUUGAUUAGCGCCACCUUUGAUGGGAUUCAAUUUUGUUUUACCCUCCAUACGAAACUCGCGACCUUUUUUGGAACCGCGUUAGACCAUGUGAAUUCACCAUCUGGUAUCAGGUGGGAUGCCCGAUCGAUCCGUGUUCUUAAUAAUGCUACAGAUAAUUCCCCAUCUUCUUCAAAAUCAGAUAUCCAUCUGUCGUUUGAGUUCGCCAUCUUCAUUACUUUUCUUUUCGUCAAGCCUAAUUUCUCCAUUGCCUUAAAUGAUUUCACAAUGUUCGACUAUACACCACUUGUCGAUGUCUUUGCAAAGCAAUCAUUAAGAUUAUUUCCAAGCUUAUGUAUGGCCGUGACUAUGCGGGCCCAUAGGGAAACUGUGAAACCACUUUCGAUUUGCGUGAGAAUCUCUCUUAAAGGAAAUGGACGAGAUCAUAGAGACACGAAAGCUAAAGAAACAGACAACUUCACCACCGUCCACCACCACCGCCACCACCACCACCACCACCACCAAGUUAACCACCGACACGGCGACACUCCGAGCAUUCACGCUCGAGAGUUAAAGCUAUUAUUGCAUUCCAAACUAGAGAGCUACAACAAUGGAAAAAUCGUCAAAGGAGUUACUGUGGAUGUUAAAGAGGAUAUGGAUGAAAAUGUCUUCGCCACUCUACUUCAAACAUCAAUAUCCCAAUGGAGGCAGAAGGGAAAGAAGGGAGUUUGGCUUAAACUGUCUCUUGAGUUUGCGAGUCUUGUUAAGCCUGCAGUGAAGCAAGGGUUUUGGUAUCAUCAUGCUGAACCAACAUACUUGAUGCUCGUGUAUUGGAUUCCUGAAACUAAUCAUACUCUUCCAUCUAAUGCUUCUCAUCGUGUUGGUGUUGCUGCUUUUGUGGUCAACUCUGAAGGGGAGAUUCUUGUAGUGCAAGAGAAAAGUGGAGUGUUCAAAGGCACAGGGGUCUGGAAAUUACCAACUGGUAGUGUUGAGGAGGGUGAAGAUAUUUGUACAGCUGCGAUCAGGGAAGUGAAAGAAGAGACAGGAAUCGAUACAGAAUUUGUGGAAGUCCUCGCAUUCAGGCAAAGCCACAUGUCGUUUUUUAGCAAGUCGGAUCUAAUGUUUGUGUGUAUGCUAAAACCAACAUCAUUUGCGAUCGAAAAGCAAGAUUCAGAGAUUGAAGCAGCUAAGUGGAUGCCAGUUGAAGAAUACGCCAACCAACCCUUUGUAAAGAAGCGCAAAUCCUUUGAGUAUAUUGCUAAGAUAUGCAUAGAACGGAAAGAUAACAAAUAUGUCGGCUUCACUGCAUUAUCUACAGCAAAGGCUACAUCUGCCACGAGCAGCUAUUUAUAUUCUCAUCAUCAUGAGGAAUAAUUAUCUGAUUCCCAUAUUCAAGAAUCCUAAAAUAAAACCACCAUAUGGUUGUAGUAUGUGGAUUCUACUUAAUUUGUAUUUUAAAGAUAUGUACUUAACUAUUAUACUAGCUGUCUACCCGCGCCAAGCGACGGCUACAAAUAGUUUUUCAAAAAUUGAGGAUUAGUUCUUUCCAUCCCAUAUUCAAGAUAUUAUUGAAUUUAGUAACAAACCAAGAUAAAAGUAGAG